AUGCCGCUUUACUACGCCGCAUUGUUAGGCUUAAGUACGGUUACGAAACUGCUGUUCGACAAGGGCGCUAACGUCAACACGCAGGGUGGAGUCUACGGCAACGCACUGCAGGCAGCUUCAGCUAGAGGCCACGAGCAGGUAGUCAAGACGCUGCUCGACAAGGGCGCCGAUGUUAACGCGCAGGGUGGACACUACUGCAAUGCACUAUACGCAGCUUCAUACAGAGGCCACGAGCAGAUAGUCGAGAUGCUGCUCAACGCGGGCGCUAACGUCAACACGCAGGGUGGAUACUACGGCAACGCACUGCAGGCAGCUUCAGCUAGAGGCCACGAGCAGGUAGUCAAGACGCUGCUCGACACAGGCGCCGAUGUUAACGCACAGGGUGGAGUCUACGGCAACGCACUGCAGGCAGCUUCAGCUAGAGGCCACGAGCAGGUAGUCAAGACGCUGCUCGACACGGGCGCUGAGGUCAACGCGCAGGGUGGAGUCUACAGCAACGCACUGCAGGCAGCUUCAUGCGGAGGCCACGAGCAGGUAGUCAAGACGCUGCUCGACACAGGCGCCGAGGUUAACGCACAGGGUGGAGAGUACGGCAAAGCACUGCAGGCGGCUUCGUUUAGGGGCCAUACAGAGAUUGUAACGCUGCUGCUUGACAGAGGCGCCCAAACCAAUGCACUGGGUGAAUACUACGGCAACGUACUCCAGGCGGCUUCAUUCGGAGGCCACAAAGAUUUGGUCAAGCUUUUGAUCUCGAGACUCGAUAUUACAUUACAAUCCCAAGAUCUCUAUGGGCGGACUCUACUUUGGUGGGCAGCGGCUGGUGGCGAUAUAGCCACUAUCGAGACACUGAUCCGUCAGUACAACUUCGACCCUCGAGAACCCGACAAGUAUGGGCGCACACCGUUCUGGAUAGCUACUAAGAAAGGACAUGACGCAGCCUCAAAGCUGUUGUGGGAGGAAUGUGAAGAAACAAGCACCGAGCGACCAGCACCAAUCAAGAUCGACAACAAUCAAAGAGGGAUACUCUGCGACGUCUGUACUUCUCGUACCAUAGCGCCCGCCUUCCAUUACCAUUGCUAUCUUUGUGCUGGAGGAGACUGGGACAUGUGCGAAGAUUGCAAGGCGAGCGGAGCCUGCUGUGCAGACGCUGCGCAUAUGUUGGUGAAGCACACGAUGAAGAAUGAAGAGUUGGUUCAGGUGGCAAUUUGA